UCAUGUUUCAUAAUUUGUAAAUUUUAUAAAUAGCUGUGAUGAUAUACAUAACACACUACUCGGAACUCACUUAUCACAGCAAUUUGUUUUAUUUAUCUACUAUAUACCUAUUUUAUUUGAAUUGCUUAAAUUUACAGACAUUAGAUAGCAGUAUUGUGAAGAAUUUCGUUUUGUAAAUAUUAGAUGGUUACAAGGAUCAUGAAGAAAUUAUUCCUUUUAUUUUUUAUAAUAAAUCAAACAAAGAGUGAACUAAAUAUUCCUAUUAUUGUUACAACUUGGAAAUUUGAAAACUCAACAAUCGGAGCUUGGGGUGUACUAAAAGAAGGAGGGUCAUCUUUAGAUGCUAUUGAAAAAGGGGCAUCAAUCUGUGAAGAACAACAAUGUGAUGGAACAGUGGGCUUUGGAGGUAGCCCUGAUGAAAAUGGAGAAACAACUCUUGAUGCUCUUUUGAUGAAUGGCAAAACUAUGAAUGUAGGUGCAGUAGGUGCUCUAAGAAGAAUAAAAAGAGCUAUAUCUGUAGCAAGACAUGUUCUUGAAUAUACUAAGCAUUCUAUAUUAGUGGGAGAACUUGCUACACAGUUUGCGGUCCAGAUGGGUUUUGAAGAAGAAAAUCUAACUACAAAACAUUCAAAGAAACUGUGGAUGGAUUGGCACAACGCAGAUCACUGUCAGCCUAACUUUUGGAUGGAUGUCACCCCUAAUCCAAGCUAUUUUUGUGGACCAUAUCAACCUAAUCAAAAUUCGGAAGAUGAGAGAAGAAAAAUGAUAAAAGGAGAUAAAUACAACCAUGACACUAUUGGUAUGGUUGCCAUAGACAAAAAUGGUGACAUUGCUGCAGGCACAUCAACUAAUGGAGCAAAAUAUAAAAUUCCUGGAAGAGUAGGUGACUCUCCCAUUCCUGGAGCUGGGGCAUAUGCUGACAAUUCUGUUGGCGCAGCUACUGCAACAGGCGAUGGUGAUGUCAUGCUUAGGUUUUUGCCCAGUUUUUUGGCUGUAGAGGAAAUGCGUCGUGGUGCAUUACCAACAGAAGCAGCACAAAUAUCAAUUAAAAGAAUAGCAAAAUAUUAUCCCAAUUUUAUGGGUGCUGUUGUGGCAUUGAGAAAGGAUGGAAAAUAUGGUGCUGCCUGCCAUGGGCUUGGUGGUAUGCCCUUCCCAUUUGUGGUCCAGGAUAUAUCUAUGGAUCACCAUAAAGUUGAACUUAUUGACUGUUUAUAAAUAAAAUAUAUUUAAGUACUUAUAUAAAA